AUGAGUGAUGACUCAGAAGUCCGGAAUCAGGACUUUGCAGCGACCAGGACUGGGUACAUAAAACACUGGGGGUUGCCAGUUGCCAGUGGUGAGUGGGACUGGGGAGUGAGGUCUGGGUCUCUGGGACUAGACUGGGAGUUUGGGACUCUGGAUCUGAGACUCUGGGACGCGAGUCUCCCACUGGCCGGCCCACAGCCACAGCCCACAGGGCCGUAG